UAGCAGUGGUCUUCAUAUGUUCUAAACCCUUGCAAGAGGUCAUUUGCCAAGCUUGGACAAUGCAUUGUGAUGGCAGGUCCCCAUUUCCCAGCCAUAAAGUGCAACAUAAAGGACGCCGGAGACCGCGUAGUCGUCAAUUAGACAACCGCCGUCGGUCACCCUGAAGACCAAAGGCAAUUUUCAAAAACACUCUCACCAUUGACAUUGAAGAUGUGCUGCAGUCAAUACCACUCAUCCUGGAGGACACUUCCGAUCCGGAGGACAUGUCAAGCAAAGUGGCCGUGCAGCUAUGGACAAACAACGUAACGGUUAUGGGCACUGAGAUCCCCUGCAAGGACCGCCGACCGUAUCCAACAACACCAAACUCGGUUCAUCGGCUCAGACCAGCCGACGUGAAAGUGGUGGCCGCAGUCGGCGACUCUCUGACAGCAGGCAAUGGUGUAGGCGCCGAGUCCAACGACCUUCUGCUGCUCCUGAACGAGUACAGAGGACUUUCCUGGAGCAUUGGCGGCGAUGAGAACAUCACCACGGUCACCACUUUGCCAAAUAUCCUGCGGGAAUUCAACCCCUCCCUGACUGGCUUCUCUCAGGGAAUCGGAAAGCAGGGCUCACCCGCAGCCUUCCUCAACCAAGCCGUGGCCGGAGCCAAGAGUGGUGAUGUCGCGGAACAAGUGCGCAUCUUAGUGGACAUCAUGAAAAACGACACGAGGAUCGAUUUCCGCAACGACUGGAAAGUGAUCACCAUGUUCAUCGGCGGCAAUGACAUAUGUGACUUCUGCUCAGACAGUGUGAUCUUCUCACCCAGGAAUGUGGCUGAACGCAUUCGUCGAGCUUUGGAUAUACUCCACAAUGAGGUGCCACGUGCGCUUGUCAACCUGGUGGAGCUGUUGAACAUUUUACCGGUGCGAGAUCUGCAUAAAGAUAAAACGCUGGGAUGCCCCACCUGGUUCGGCAGGAUGGUUUGCCCGUGCGUAUUGUCGCCAAAAGAUGGCUCAGUUGAACUACGGAAGACGGAAGAAUUCCUCCGAGGUUAUCAGCACGCAAUGCGACAGCUGGUGGACUCCGGGCGCUACGACACCCAUGACAACUUCACCGUCGUCCUGCAGCCUUUUUUUAGGGAGGUUUUCCUGCCGACCUCUCCGGAUGGAAGGCCCGAUCGCUCCUAUUUCUCACCUGACUGCUUUCACCUGAGCCAGAAAGCUCACACGCUGAUGGCCCGAGCCCUCUGGAACAAUAUGCUCGAGCCAGUGGGAAACAAGACAUUCACGCAAGACUUCAUGGUUGAGUUUGAUCUCAAGUGCCCCUCUGAGGCAGCACCUUUCUUUAGAACGGCUGUUAACAGCAACUACACGUUUCCAGGACCUCCACCGACUCCUGCACCGAUUACCAACUGGGGCAGCGACUUCUCAUGUCUCAACACGGAACCGUCCGACUCGGCGCCCACUUCAGCUCACAAGGUCCGGCCGGCCGACAUCAAGGUGGUGGCUGCUUUGGGGGACUCCAUAACAGCCGGCUUUGGUGCUAAGGCAAAGACUCUAUUGGAGCUCAGAACGGAAUAUAGAGGAGUGUCGUGGAGCAUUGGAGGCGAUAAAAGCCUGGAGACUGUUACCACUUUAGCAAACAUCCUCAGGAAAUUCAAUCCAGACCUUAAAGGAGCAUCAAAAGGUCAAGGGAAGAAGAAGAGCGGCUUCAACAUGUCUGUUUUGGGAGCCAAAGUCUCGGGAAUUCCAGGACAAGUCAGACGCCUGAUUGAAGUGAUGAAAAACGACACUACGGUGGAUUUUGCCAACGAUUGGAAGCUGGUGACUCUCUUUAUUGGCGGCAAUGACCUGUGUCAGUUCUGCAACGACAGGGCCUCUUUGUCGCCUCAGAACUUCAGCCGUCACUUGACGACCAGCUUGGACCUGCUGUACAAAGAGGUUCCCAGGACCAUAGUCAACAUUUUGGAAAUCCUGCAGAUCGAAGUCCUGCGUAGGAUCAAGGGGGACAGUAUCGGGUGCAACGUGAUACAACCAUUGUCAUGCCCGUGCUUCAUACUACCGGGAGACGACUCUCUUGAGCUGGCUGAAGCCAAAAGGAUCAAUCGAGAAAUACAGAUUGAGACUGAGAGAGUUGCAUACAGCGGUCGCUAUGACGACCGGGAAGACUUUGCCGUGGUGGUGCAGCCCUUUUUCAGAAACUCCAUUAUCCCUUUGAAUGCUGACGGCCGACCCGAUGUCACCUACUUUGCCCUGGACUGUUUCCACUUCAACGAACGGGGACAUGCCAAGAUGGCCGUGGCCAUGUGGAAUAACAUGUUGGAGCCUGUGGGCAAAAAGCAGACGUACAACAAUUUCACAAGUGGCAGAGAUGUCAUCAAAUGUCCCACAGAGGAGCAUCCGUAUAUCUUUACAAAGAUGAACAGUGCAACACACUGCUCUGAGGGGGUCCCGCUAUGGCUGACCACAGUGCUUGCCGUUUUCGCCCUCCUGCUGGGCGGGGCCUUCACCUGGCUGAUGCUCACAUGCAGAGCCAAGAUGACUGGGAGGAGCGUGAACUCAGUCGUACCAACAGAAGUGCAAAUAAAGACCUCUUUCUUUUAAACUAGGGCAAGGCUAACUGAGUCCAGUAAUAUUCAAUAUGCAAUAAUUGAUGUGUUAAAUAAUAGUUCUGCACUUGUCUUUUAAAUGAACAUUUUGUUAUAUAUUUUAAUCUAUUGGAAAACAUGAUUGUAAUAAAGAUUUUAUACAGUU